CUCGUCUCGAUCUUGGUGCUGGUGAAUGGUCCUCGCAUCGCGAAUCUGUGUGUCAAUAUUGAAAGCCGCUCCGUUUGUAGAGACGAGGGGAAGGGAACCUAAGGCAUGAUGAUCGAGAAUCCCAUGCGAUUGGUGAUGCAAUGCCUGCUGUCCGUGUCUGGACGUUCUCGUAUCGGGAUUCGUGGCGGGCAGCCAGUGGCAGACAGACGUAUUCUUGCCACAUCGAAGUCUAAAGGGACCGCAUGUUCCGCAGAAGGCGUGCGACUUAUAUUGGACUUGGAUGUCCGGCGUGGAAGUGAGCGGAACAGCAUCGAGACCCUCGAUGAACGCACAGUAUCUUACUUGCUAUCCUUGGCAUCUGCAGGUCGCGCUCUGACGGAUGACGAGGAGAAGGUCGGUGUGGACCAUGUGGUGUCGUCGAUGUGCUCCAUUCGCUCCAUUCGCUCCGCUGACAGCCUCCGUUGUUCCGCUUUGGGAAGCUAUAUCGUUCUUGGCGGUGUGAGAACACAUACAGGUACACAUACACACUCGAUGUCUUAGCAUCUCUUUUCGAUCACGGGCUUCUCGGGUUGACAAAUUAGGUAUGUGACCUCGUUCGCGGUCUGACUUCCUGCCUGAGGUAUACUGUCCGAACACCCGAAGUCCCGGAGAGAUCCUCAGGACUCGCCGUCUCGCAGGCAACGCUGUCCGACCAGAACCAGACUGCUGGGUGGGAUGCAAGCAUCACAGCUCUUCGUACCGCAACCCUUGCAGUCUGUCUGUUCUCUCCGGUCGCUCCCGGGUAUACCGUAGGAGUGGCUGGCAUCAACUACACCGUGUCUGCUGUCGAGCCCACAUGUGCAGUAUGCAUCAACCUAUCAAUUUGCAAUUUCCAGCCUGAGUUGCUCCAGCGAGCCACCUGAUUCUGACAGCAGUGUCUCCAACACCAACCAAGGUAUGCAGAGGCCGCCAGCUACAGAUUUGGGAACAGCCUCGCCGGUCAACAGAAAGCCGGACUGCCCGCCAGAAGACCAUAUACCCAUGCAUAUUUUUCCAUGCCUACGGUAUAGAGGCACCUAAGCCUUCGAGCACGUCCCCCGUCUUGGCACUCGUCCCUUUCCGCAGUCCGCACCUCUCCAACCCCAUCCGAGCGCAGGAUGUGCAGGCUUCAGCAAAGUCAAGUCUUCCCAGAGCAGAGCCUAACAGCGUCUCACUCAUCGUCACAGUGCGGCGGAGGAACACGAGUGACGGCAUGGAUCCUGGCCUCGAUGUUCCUAAAAGCAGAUCUGUCAGGCUGUGUCAGCCACUCAGCCAUACCAUAUCCUGGCGCGCAAAUCUGACAUUCCUGGUUUGAUGCCUUGUCAUUCAAAACCUUAAACGGACCUCGCAAAGAACGUUCCAUCUUCAGAAGGCCUUUCGAGCAUCAACUGGCCAGCACAGUGUCACAAAGUUCCUGGAGUCUGUGUUGGCAGAUUGCCAGUGGAGUCACCUCUACGUAGCCCGACCAGCUGUAGGCACUCGAUCGAUACGGUACAGUGGCAUCCGUCAGUAGCGACACGUGAGAAUCACUUGUAGAUGGCAAAAUGAUAUUGGUCUGUGGAGAACGCUUAACCUUGAAGCCAAGAUGACACACAAGCUUCUGAAGCAUGAGCACAUUUCCCAGCAGCCGGGAGAGAGUGUAGUGCUGGGACAAGACGAUCACCAUCUCGACCCUCUCAACUGUUCGUUGCUUGUUGUUACCCGGUUCGAUCGAGUUUCGUACCUGGCAGUAAGCUGCAAAAUCAUGCGUCUACUGCUAUUCUUGCCUACACAUAGCUGUCUCCAUGGUGUCCGAGAACAUGGUGACUCAUUCGUAUUGUUCAGUUGUGUCGGUGCAAUACCUGGACGUGAGCAGUCACCGCCAAUCAUUCGCGAGCAGAGCUGGGCGCCCCGAAAAGGUUUCGUACGGAUCUCACAUAUCUUGUUGAAGAAAGUCUCGCAGCCUGCCGAGACCUAGCCUGUGCUGAGCCUCUGCGUUCCUUGGGCUGUUGGUCUGAAGAGUGCACCAGGUUACGUAAAGGAAAGGAAUGGAUGCGGCGAUGCUCCGGCAGGGUACAUGGUUUGCUUCCGGUCUUGUGGCCAGUGAAGCCCAAGUUUUCUUACGCACCUCAGCCUCUCCCAGAGCUUAUACCCUGCAGAUGUUUCCAAAGAUGGCAGGCGAUGACACUCCGUCUCUCAAUUAUGGUAUACGAGUGGCCGGAAAGCUCACCUGGAAGCCUGAGGGCUCAUUGUCGAAGAAGGUAUAAGUAAGACUAUCCUUCCGACGAAAGAAUCAUCACCAGCACAACAACAACAACAACAACAACAACAACAACUCCAAUCAACUCAAGCAGCCUACUUCAACGGUCGUUCAGAACAUCUCAUCAUCAACCUCGCAACCACAUCAACCACAUCAACCCUCACUCCUCAGCAAAAAUGCAGUUCAAGUUCAUCGCCGCUUCCGUCGCCGCACUCUCGGUCGGCAGCGCCAUCGCUGGCCCAGUCCCAGCUCCAGUCUCGGAGAAUGGCAUCGUAGCCCGUGAAGCUGCCGCCAUUGCUCAGCCAGAGGCCGCCCCAGCGGCACUCAAGGCCCGCGACAUCGAUGGCGAUGAGCUCGGCUCGAUCCACAGUCAAGCGUGGACAUACGCUCAACAGAAACAGGGUGAGAAGCCUAGCGACUACGACUUGACCAAGGCAAGGCAAUAUUUCCCAUCGGACUGCUGGUCGAACAACUACUGGAGCAUCAACGACUACCAGACCAUUGGAUGGACCGCACAGGUCUGGUACAUCUACAUUCUGUACGCCCAGUACAACACCUACAGCUACAAGUGGGACACCUACUGGCCAACUAACUGGAACCAAUGGUCCACCUACUGCACUCCUGGUCUCUACUGCACCGGCAGCCACUAAAUGUCUCGCCCGGAGCCAGAAUCACAACAAGACCCAUGCGCGCGCAAAUGGUGGGGGGAGUGAACGCACAAGGACUGUAAUAUCUGGUGUUGGUGGUGUGGUCUGGUGGGCUGAGAGCAAGACGAUGACGAUGUUGUUGUUGUUGUUGUUGUUGUUUGUUGUCAGUGGAAAUGAUAUUUUGACGAUGGGGAAAUUUCCGACCGAAGACAUGAGCUUGACACAUGAAGCAUGCGAGAUAUGAUGAGAAGAUGAUGAUGCUGAUGAUGAUGAGGAAUCCGACCCGAGACGCUUGACUAGCAUUCGUUUUUAUUGUUUGUUCUUGACAGUGUGUGUGUUCAACGAAUAAGACAAAAAAACUACCCAAUAUACCUUAUAUACCCUACUUUAGGUAUUCGAAUUGAGUGGGGGGGAUAUGGGAAUAUAUACACUAUUUGGAAG